AAAGGGGAGAGAGUGAUAGUGAAUUGGGGAGGAAUGGCUCAUGGUUAUUUACCAAAUGAGUUCCAGAUCCAGGAUACAGAAAGUAUUGAUGAAGUGAUUGGUCUUGAUCUCAAGCUUUCCGCCAUGGCCUUCAGUUCUUACCCUUUUAAGCCUCUAAUGGGGAAUAAUGCUGCUGGCUGGAGCCUCCACUUAUCAGAAGAAACCAGAGAUACUAAGAGGUUCAGACGAACUGUUAGCAUUCCUGAAUCAAUUGGAAGUAACUGUAAUCUUUCCAGUGGUGGAAACAGCGAUGACAGCCUGAGCCGUAGCAGCAGCACUAGUAGCUUGAAUAGCUUAUCAAGGCUGCAAUUCAGAGAUCAUAUAUUGACUUACAAUCAAAGAUACCUUGCCGCUGAGGCUGUAGAAGAGGCAGCGGCAGCCAUGAUCAAUUCUGAGGAAAGUGGAGCCGAAGAAGAAGAAACAGCCGAUGGGAUGAGGCUUCUUCAGCGUCUCAUUGCUUGUGCUGAAGCUGUGGCUUGUCGUGACAAAUCACAUGCCUCAGCUUUGUUAUCCGAGCUUCGUGCGAAUGCGCUGGUCUUUGGCUCUUCAUUCCAGCGGGUAGCUUCUUGUUUUGUUCAAGGUCUUGCUGAUCGUCUCGCUUUGGUUCUACCAUUUGGGCCGGUUGGCCGUGUUGCACCUGUGAUGAACAUAAUGGACAUUGCCUCAGACAAGGAAGAAGAAGCUUUCCGCCUUGUUUAUGAUAUUUGCCCACAUAUACAGUUUGGUCAUUUCGUAGCUAAUUUAUCAAUAUUGGAAGCCUUUGAGGGAGAGAGUUUUGUCCACGUAGUGGACUUGGGGAUGACCCUUGGUUUACCACAUGGUUACCAAUGGUGCCAUCUCAUCCAAAGCCUUGCCAACCGGGCUGGCAAACGACCCUGCCGCCUGCGGAUAACCGCCGUUGGCCUGUGUGUAGGUAGGUUCAACAUCAUUGGUCAAGAGCUUAAGGCCUAUGCAAAAGAAUUGGGAAUGAAUUUGGAGUUCUCCAUUGUGGAAAGCAACUUAGAAAACCUGAGGCCUGAAGACAUCAAAGUAUUUGAUGGAGAAGUACUUGUUGUGAAUAGCAUUCUUCAGCUGCAUUGUGUUGUUAAAGAAAGUAGGGGAGCUCUAAAUUCCGUUCUUCAGAUGAUUCAUGAGCUCGCACCGAAGGUUUUGGUGCUGGUUGAGCAAGACUCAAGCCACAAUGGACCGUUCUUUCUAGGGAGAUUUAUGGAAGCACUGCAUUAUUACUCAGCAAUUUUUGACUCCCUGGAUGCCGUGUUACCCAAGUAUGACACCAGGCGUGCCAAGAUGGAACAGUUCUACUUUGCAGAGGAGAUAAAGAACAUUGUGAGUCGUGAGGGACCCGAUAGGGUUGAGCGGCAUGAGAGGGUGGAUCAGUGGCGUAGGAGAAUGAGCCGAGCAGGAUUUCAGGCUGCACCACUCAGGAUGAUAAGCCAGGCCAAGCAAUGGCUUGGGAAGAAUAAUGUUUGUGAAGGUUACACUGUUGUGGAAGAUAAGGGAUGCUUGGUUCUUGGCUGGAAAUCCAAGCCAAUUGUUGCAGCUUCUUGCUGGAAAUGCUAAAAAAAAUCAUAGCUGCCAAAACUUUGUUCAAAUUCAACACCAAUAAGACAAUUCCCUGUAGUGGAAAUGGGUGGCCAUGUAAUCCAGUUAUCUUUGUGAUUUCCUGCUUAAAAACUUUGUUGU